GUGGCUGACUGGCUACUGGCCAGAAUCACAUCCCUUUCCCCUGGGGCUGGUUGUGCCUGGCCGCCCCAGCACUGACCGUGUCCCUCUAGGGCACAAGGUGGAGAAGCCGGACGAGGUUUUCCGUGUGGGCUUCCCCCUUCGCACCAACUACAUGUACGUCAAGGUGAAGCGGACGCUGCAUCACGAGAUCUUCGCUUUCACGGUCUGCCUCUGGCUCAAGUCCAGCUCAGCGCCUGGUGUCGGCACCCCCUUCUCCUACUCCGUGCCUGGCCAGGCCAACGAGCUGGUGCUCAUUGAGUGGGGCAACAACCCCAUGGAGCUGCUCAUCAACGACAAGGCUGCCACCUUGCCCCUGGCCAUCCACGAUGCCAAGUGGCACCACAUCUGCGUGACCUGGUCGACGCGGGACGGCGUCUGGGAGAGCUACCAGGACGGGGUGCGGCGGGGCAGCGGGGAGAACCUGGCCCCCUGGCACCCCAUCAAGCCAGGGGGCGUCUUCAUCCUGGGGCAGGAGCAGGACACGCUGGGCGGCCGCUUCGACGCCACGCAGGCCUUCAUCGGGGAGCUGGCCGACUUCCACGUGUGGAGCCACGUCCUGGCGCCGGGCGAGGUCUACAGGCUGGCCACCUGCGCCGGCCGCGCCCGCGGUGACCUCGUGUCCUGGGCCGAGGGCACCGUGGAGCUGCACGGGGGCGUGGCCAAGCUGCCCUUCAACGCCUGCCACUGA